AUGUUGGAAACGAGUUAUUCUUCGCGAGUUUUUCGCGGUGUUCGUUUCGUUCUCUUUGGCUUUAAUCCUGCCACUGAAACCAAGAUCCGGUUUAAGCUUGUGAAUGGCGGUGGAGUUGAUGUAGGGCAGUACGGUGGGAGUUGCACGCAUGUUAUUGUUGAUAAGAUUGUAAAUGAUGAUCCUGUGUGUGUUUCUGCUAGAAAUGAUGGGAAGACACUCGUCACUGCAUUGUGGGUUGAUCAUAGUGCCGAUAUUGGAAUGCCCGUUGAUGCUGCCUCGGUUAUGUACAGACCUCUUAAAGAUUUAAAUGGAAUACCGGGUGCAAAAAAUUUGAUAGUGUGCUUGACCGGGUAUCUUCGCCAGGAUAGGGAUGACAUUAUGACAAUGGUCGGUCUGAUGGGUGCAGAGUUUUCGAAGCCUUUGGUGGCAAACAAGGUUACUCACCUCAUAUGCUAUAAAUUUGAAGGUGAGAAGUAUGAGCUUGCCAAGAGAUUGGGCACAAUAAAGCUAGUCAAUCAUCGUUGGUUGGAAGAUUGCUUGAAGGAAUGGAUGCUUCUUCCUGAAGACAAAUAUAACAAGAGUGGUUUUGAACUAGAGAUGACGGGGGAGGAGGCUAAGGAUUCUGAGGAAGAGGCUGAAGAUUCCAAGCUUGGGCAAUCAGGGGGAAGAAGUGGAAACCAAAAUCCCCUUAGUUUGAAAUGUGGUAUAGCUACAACCCAUGGAUUGUCAAGAUCAGCACGAGAAGCAUCAACUGCCUUCCCAGAUUCUACGGGUCCACAGGAUUUGCCAGAAGUCAAGCAUGGCGAAGACUCUCUAACCAUUCCAGGAAAUAAGAAUGGAUCUGAUCAAGACUUGAGCUUUCAUAAUGUUGAUGAUGCAAAGAUAAACAGUCAUGUUCCUAAUGUUUCUAGGCAUUCUAGUUCAUGUCAGUUACCUGACACAUAUGUUAAGACCAGUGAAUCCAAGAAUGCUGAUUUUCCCAAGGAACUUGGCUGCCAGGAUCUUGGCAUUACUAGAAAUGCAAAUUCAUCCGAGCAGCAACAUGAUCUGCCUGACAAUUCUUUGGAGUCUAAGCAGUUGGCAAGUGACUUGCGGUCAACUUCGGCAAGUGCUUCAGGAGUAGCAAAUUCAAAUGAAAAGCCUAGAGCUAUGUGUUAUCCUAGAAAGAACCAAAGGGAAUUUACUCUUCCAAGAAUCUUAGAUGAAUGCUCAGGCAGAGGAGGCAACAACAGUGUAAACUCUUCUAGUAAGGUAGAAAAGGCUAGCAAGGGAAUAAAAUCUAGAGCAGAAAAUUCUGGGAAUGGAAAUGAUUUUUUUAAAGGAGAUGAUCCGUUUAGUUUAUUGCCUCAGAAGAGGACAAAUAAAGCUUCUUCUUCUACUAAGUUAAAAUCAAGGAAGAUGACUGCUAAUGCAAGAUUGUCCAUUGAAAGAGUUUCAUCAGCAAAUGCUAAAUCUCAGGGAUUAAAUGUGACACCACAGGCUGAUGACCCACCGGAAGCUGACGAUUAUUUUCCCGUUGAAGAAGAUUGUAUUAAUAACUCAAACACGUGCUUAAUUUCCAAACCUGCAGCUUUUACCUCCAACUCACCGGCAUUUGACGAGCCAUUCUCAAGAAAUGCUAGCUCAGAAUCUGCUCAGCGUGAUAAUGUCUAUCAGACUUCACCACAAAUAGCUAUUCAGAGUUUAAGUGAGUCUAAAACUAACGGCAAGCUUGAUAUCACGGGUUCUGCAAUGCAAAAGAUUGAUGAUAAUGAAGCAGAGCAACACAAUGUCGCUAGAAAUCUCGAUUGUUCAUCACCAGGAAACAAGUCACAGAAUGAGGAAUCUGCUAGCCAUACUAAUUUGAAUUUAGGCAAAGGUGUUAAACUAAUUAGAAAACCGCCUCGAAAGAAGUCAGUUUGCAAGAAAAUUUUGGGUUCUAAACCUAGAGCAGGUGCCACUGUUGGACCAAAAAUAUCAGUUUCCUUGAAUAAAACUAUCCCGCUAGUUGAAGCCGUUAGUUUUUCCAGUGGAAGCAAAGAGAUUGCAACUUGUGAUGCCACGAAGAAUCAAGGUUCUCCCCAAAUCCUUGGGGUUAAUAAAACAACAGAGCAAGAAAAAGUUAGUAAAUAUGCAGAAGAUGCUGGCGGCAGUACUGACAUUUUGGAUGAUGAAACCGAAGCUCCUGAUGACAAAUGUGAAUAUGAGUUAGGAAUGGCCUUUGAUGAGGAUUCAAUUCCUCUUUCGAAAAAAAGAAACACAGCAACAGAAGAGGGGUCAAAAGUUAUUUGCCAUGUGACAAAAUGCGAAGAAGCAAUGCCUUUUCAGAAAGGCACAAAUAAAACUGAAAAACAGAAGCUACCUUCAGUUGUAGACUCAUCCUCAAAAUUAAUACUAAAGCAUCAAGCAAAAAAACGUCCUGCUGGUAGAGGCAAGACGACCACAGUUUCCAAGGAAUUAUCGAAGUCUGAGGAGGCAGUAUCUGGGGAGAAUAUUCCUAAUGAGACGGUACAUAAGCCAGAAAUAGAAAUCGUGGUAGAAAUGUCCCUUCCUGCUGAUAAAAAUGACACCUCAGCUGUACCAAAAAAUAAGUCGAAGAAUUUUAUUGAAGAGGAGAAGGAGAAUAGACCAAUUGAUGGAGAGCAAGAUAUAUGGCAGGGCAGAAGUGAGGGCAAUCGAACUAUUAAAUCUAGUGUAAAGCCUGGUAAGAUCAACUCUAGCAAAUUGGGGCUGAAUCCAUCUAGAUCAGAAUCGAAUGCAAGAGCAAAAACUGAAGCCGUAUGUUUUAUAUUAAGUGGGCAUCGCCUACAGAGAAAGGAGUUUCAACAUGUAAUCAAGCGUUUAAAAGGAAGGGUUUGCCGGGAUUCUCAUCAGUGGUCAUAUCAGGCGACUCACUUCAUAUCCCCAGACCCUAUACGUAGGACAGAGAAAUUUUUUGCUGCUGCUGCAUCAGGAAGGUGGAUUCUCAAAACUGAUUUCUUAACUGCUAGUAGCGAGGCAGGGAAGUUCCUUUCAGAGGAGCCUUAUGAGUGGCACAAGAAUGGCCUCAGUGAGGAUGGCGCAAUCAAUAUGGAGGCUCCAAGAAAAUGGCGGCUGUUGAAAGAAAGAACAGGUCAUGGCACCUUCUAUGGAAUGCGCAUCAUAAUAUAUGGCGAUUGCAUUGCCCCGCCUUUGGAUACUCUGAAACGCGCGAUCAAAGCUGGAGAUGGAACAAUAUUAGCAACUUCUCCUCCUUAUACCCGUUUCUUUGGUACCGAAAUUGACUAUGCUAUAGUUAGCCCUGGUAUGCCACGUGUUGAUUUGUGGGUCCAAGAGUUCUUAAAACAUGAGAUACCUUGUGUUUUGGCGGACUACUUGGUCGAGUAUGUUUGCAAGCCAGGGUUCUCCCUUGAGAGACAUGUAUUAUAUGGCACUCAUGCUUGGGCAGAGAGGUCAUACGCAAAACUUCAAAGUAGGGCAGAAGAGAUUAUUGAAGAGUUCGCUGCUCCUGAGGAUUCUAAUGAUGAUGAUAUACUUUGUCAAGUAUGUGGAUCUCGGGAUAGAGGUGAUGUAAUGCUAAUUUGUGGUGAUGAAAGUGGUUCCAUCGGCUGUGGGGUCGGUACCCAUAUUGAUUGCUGCGAUCCUUCACUCACACAUAUUCCUGAGGAGGAUUGGUUUUGUCCAAAAUGUUGUAGCUCGCGAAACUGCUCCAACAAUUCUAAUAAAAGGAAAAAGGGCACCUUGUCUUUAUCUAAAAGUAAGUGAUUUUCUCUCCCCCUUUCGAGCCAGUCAUCGUAUAGAAAACUUCCGUGA